GUAUGGUCGUUGGUUGCGGCCGUGUACUUCUUUGAUAGGUUAGAUAUUAAAAAUAUUAUGUUAAAAGUUCCUCAUAGAGUAUUUAAUGCCGGCAUCUAUUUGUGUAGUUGAGGAUAUUUUAGUGAAAGUGGUAAACUAUCGCUGACAUGUGAUGUGUGAAAGAUGCAAUGUGUUUGAUUUACAUUAAAUAAUAUUACUGAAACGAAAACAGUGUUAUGUCGUUUAUAAAACUUGUAUUCAAUACUCAUUAAACGUGUUUGUAAAAUGGUUUCGAGUGGCGACAAGGAAUGGAAGUCUAAAUUGGAGUUCCCCAUCAAUUAUGAUUCUGGCCAAAGUUCAGAUGAUGAGAACUCCAAGGAUGUAGUGAUGCGCCAUCACCGAUCGUCGCACUUCCUCCUGGAGGAAUGUGGGGAUGGGUCCGAAGCUGAUCUCUUAGGGAGCACGCCUCCGCGGUCCAGGAUUCGAGAUAAGGAGAAGAGGAGAAACAUGAUAGAUUCGAGUUUGUGCUACCACAACAUGACAGAUGGGAAGUCGGUCGACAGUUUCCCUGCAACUCAGCCGACACCACCAGAGCGCUUAAAGAAACGGGCCAGUAUGAAAUUCAUACGCGCCAAAGAGAGGGACUGGAAGCAAGAUUUUGGCCAGAUGGAGACGAAGGCAGAUUCCCUGCCUUCUCCAUCUGUUAUGGCUGCUGUUCCUACUUUGAAGGUGGAAUCGUGCAGUCGUUUCAUGUCCCUCGUGUCUCGGCCGAAGUGUCGGCAACCUGAAGAGGAAAUAAGGUGUUGUGAUGAUGAAGUGCCCGCGAGUCGCAUCAACUUCCACGACACUUUCAGUAUGCUCAUUAAUAUGGGGAAUAUGGAGAAAGGAUGUCGGAGAACUAUAAGUCGUGAAGAGCAAGUAUGGCAGAAUGAGUUAAAGGACCUCAUAUGGCUAGAGUUGCAGGCCAAGCUCUCUGGCCGGACCCUUGAGCAGCAGGACGAUUUUCUUUGCACUCAGAGAAACGUUAUACCCAAUAUUGUACAACGGAUUUUGGACUAUAAAUUUGUUAGUUCAAAACCAGUUUGUAGAUCUGGCACGAGAUUGCAGCCGACCCAAGAGAGCUCCAAUGAAGAUCUGUCUUUGGAUUGUUGCAAUGAUGAAGUCAAUCAUGAUGAUAUACAAAUCCAACUGGGCUGCCUCAGUAUAGACUGCACGUUAUGCUCGGACGUGAUAGGAGAAGCGAUGCGAGAAGUUGGUGGUAUUUUGGACGCAUUUGACAAUGCAGUUGCGUUAUACCCAUCAUCAACAGCUGCCAAGCACGAUCACCCGGCUCUUGCGUCACCCGAACUUAAUGAUAGAAUUAGGGCAAUGUGUCUUUGGUACAACACGGCCCUUCAUAUGCGGCUAAAGUUGUUAUCGGUACGUCGUUUGCUACGUAUUGUACGCGCACGGAAUCGUCGAAGAGAAAUGCAACACAAACCGUCAGUUGAUUCUACUAGUAGCAGGUCUUCAGAUGCCCACUCGAGCCAAGUGCGAUUCAAUGUAACCACUCCGAGUGGUUCCAAUAGCAGCGCAUCGAGCGGACAGUCGCAUGAUGAUAAAAAAUCCGGCUCGGAGGACCAAGAGAAAGCGCAAAAGCCUUUGGAUAACGAAUCUCUUAAACAGGAAGAUGGUACAACCGACAGCGGAUAUAGUAGAUCUGAUCGAACAGGUGACGCAACUCCCGAGAUUGUAUUGGAUACGUACAGCACGAACGAUUCUGAAGAUUACGCUUCCGUCGAACAAGAGUGUUUACGCGGAGAUGCCUUCUACAUAGGGCCGUUGGAUGAUUUAACACAAAUGAGGCUGCUGGACCGACAGCAGGUCUCCGUUUAUCGCGACUAUCAUUACGACAUGCUCAAAACGGCGGGAGUCCGACGUUGUAUGAUGUUUAUGAACAAGAUUUGGAGUAGUAUACUGCACAAGGUCUACCACGUGUUGCAGGAACCACAGCAAAUAGAUGCGUCAAUGGAAGAUGAAGCAGAAAUCGACUCGACCAAAGAUGACAAAGAGACAAAUGCAAAAAAUAUAUAUGUAUUAAAAAGGUAUGGCUGCUGGAGCCCCGAGAGCAUUUCAAUGCAGCUACCUUCCUUCCGAAACCACUUUCUGCUGCUGAACUGCAUCUGUAUGGAGGCCCUGCACGACUACCUCGCCCUGCGGGUUGACUCGCGUCCCGAUCAACCGUCAUGUCUUACUAUCAAACAGUUAAUCCACGAGUUAAAAGAAGGUUUAGAUAUAGCGGCCGAAACGCGCGCCUCCUUCGCACGGAACGUGGAAGCUGCGUUACGGGGUUGGUCCAUAGCGCCCACCACGAGGCAGGACCUCCUCAUGGUGCUUAAGACGUACGACGCCACCGUGGAUACUUGCACGCAGUUAUACCUGUCAUAUCUCCGUACAAUGUCGCUUCAAGAGUCAAUGAGUCGCGCUGCGCUUUCCGCCGAAUGGGGCUUCGCCAUCCGAUUGGCUGCGCGUGCGCCGCCUGCGAGGAAACUAGCGCCACCUGCUUUCGCGGAUAUCGCGUGCAACCAGUUGGAUAGGAUUUUAAAACAGUACCAGGAGAAAUUCGAUAAAUUAAAGGAACUUGAGCUCAAUGAAAGUGCCGAAGGGGACGCUCAGAGGUACGUUGUAUACCUUAUCUGUCGCGAGGCCCAAACGAUCUAUAUGGGAUCUCGAGAAAGCGCACUUCAGGCCGCGCAAUGGGCGCGCGCACUCGCAAACAGACUGCCGCCACAUCACGCACGAUAUAAGGCGCAAAUAUUUAACAGCCUGAUGGCCCUACGAAAUUGUCUGGUGGAACAAACUAAACAUAUAUUAGAGCGUAGUCGACUUCCCGCGAGUGAUCCCAGUAUUUCGACCGAAUCAUGGGAGUCUCUCAAUGCAAGAGUUCGGGAAUUGCUGCUUCAAAUCUACAAAUUGGGAUUCGAGUUGCACAUGGAAAUGCACAAGUUCGCUCAAGCACCAUUCAAACUUCAGCGCGAAAUGCGCGCGCGGCGACUUCGACCGUCUUCCUUGCAGCCUUCAAGAGUGAAAGAUCCAGUACUGAGACGCAAACGUCCCGAGACAGUUCUCAUUCACGAAUCUUUCAAUCCUAUGCUGCACAAAGAGUUGCAUAGGUUCGUGAGCGACGCGCCGUCUUGUCGUCCGAUCGGACGUCCGGCUGCUCCUACGCGUCGAGUCCGGCUCAUGAGGUCUGAAAGUAUCGGUGAAGAGGGGGAAGGAAGCGUUUUGGAAGAUAUAUGCUUGAAGGAUAAUAUCGUCCAAGGCAAUAUAGAAACGCUCCUCUCGGGUUCUGAAACUCCCAAAAAAACGGAUCGAAUGGAGCGAUGUGAAGAGCCCACAGCGGAGGAAGCGGACUGGGCGAAGCAGAUAGCGCGCGCUGUCAUCGAAUUCGCCAGAUGCUGGAUGUUGUUCGUCGUUGAGAGAUGCGAUCGCGGAAGAGGGUUGAGGCCUAGGUGGGCGAGUCAAGGUUUAGAGUUCCUAAUGCUUGCUUGUGAUCCUUAUAACACGAAGCAUUUGACUGAAGAAGAGUUUGAGGAUCUGAAGCAACUGAUGGAUGGGUGCAUAUCCCACGUGAUCGGUUCCCGACCGACGACAUUUCCUUCGUUAUCACCGACGCCACCUCACAGGCAUAGACUGAGAUUACAUAGUCCCAUACCAAAUUCUAGUCACAAUAACAAAGAGGCCCAAUCCCCACCCAGCGAACAGGACACGUCACCACCUGUCUUCGCUACUCCUGAAACGCCAGCUUUCAGCAAAAGAGUCCGAAACGCAGUUCAACAUUUGGACGAGGCUCGGGAUGAGAAGCUCCGGGAAGAUAAACGCGUCGGACGCGUUUUAGGAGCGGCCGUUCAGUGCUACGAGCCCAAAUUACGACAGCUCAAAUUCAAAUGGCAGAGGGGUUUGAAAAUUGGUGCUGGCACUUUUGGAAAGGUAUACACAGUAGUAAACACAGAGAGCGGUCAGGUGUUAGCGAUGAAGGAGCUAAGUAUAGGCGCAGGAGACAGACGCGCGUUGCAACGAGCAGCGAACGAACUGCGCGUACUUGAGGGCGUUGUACAUCCGCACCUUGUCAGAUAUUAUGGCUGUGAAUUACAUCGGGAAGAAAUGCUGUUAUUCAUGGAACUCUGCGUGGAGGGGUCUCUGGAGGCGUUGAUAGCGACAAGCGGCGCGUUAGCUGAACACACAACGAGAAGAUACACAAAGCAACUGUUAUGCGCUGUGAACGAACUGCACGCGCGGUCUAUAGCGCAUCGAGAUAUUAAAAGUGGCAAUAUAUUUCUUACAAAUGAAGGUCAUUGCUUGAAGCUGGGUGAUUUUGGAUGUGCGGUAAAGAUCCGAGCUAACACCACUGCGCCGGGGGAACUACAAGGAUUCGUCGGCACACAAGCAUAUAUGGCUCCAGAAGUAUUCAUGAAGUCGUCGGGCCACGGACGGGCUGCUGACAUGUGGUCUCUGGGAUGCGUAGUCACUGAAAUGGCUUCUGGGAAGCGUCCCUUCUCCGAAUACGACAGCAACUACCAGAUUAUGUUCGUAGUGGGAAUGGGUGGAAGGCCACACAUCCCUGACUCUCUUUCUAAAGAAGGGCAGGACUUUUGUAUGACCUGUCUCACUCAUGACCCCGAGAACAGACCGCGCGCUGAAGAACUUAAAUUGCAUCAUUUCUUGAUGGUAAAAUCAGACGAUGACUGUACCUGCGAAUCAGCACGACUCAUGAGAUGAAAAUAAUAAUUUAAUUAUUAAAAAAAAACACAUGUAUUCCUUUACUUAAGUUGACUGUUGUCUGUGAUUGAAGAAUAGUUAUAAGUUAGUUUUUGAUUAAUCGUCCAAAAAGAGAUUAGCCUUUAACAAACGAAGAAUGUCUUCAAAACUCAACGCUCAUAGGCGCAGAGUUUAAGCAAAUGUGUUAUGGAAAUUUAUAAGUGCACGUAUACGCGCGUCGUUGCUUGAACGGGCGAGCGGGCACUACGGCCGCAGUGACGCGUCAAACGCCGGCCAUAACGGACUAAAGUCGACGCAUUUUAAACUGAGUCUUCGGGCAAUAAAUGUCACUAACAAUACAUAGUAAUGUGCACGCAAUGCAACUUGUUAUCGAUACUUAGCUACCUGCGCACGCGCUCUGACUCCUGAUUGGUCGUUACGAGUAAGGGUUGAUGUUUAAAUAUAAGACUUUGUUAUGACACACAUUACACAUUACUUACGCUUCGUUACACGAUGGAGAAUUUAUUUUCUAACGUGGUUUUGAAUAAAUGAAAUCGUGACAUUUGUAACUAUACUUACAUACAUACAUACUUACAAAUUAAAAAACGUGUGUGUAUAUAAGUAAUUUUCAGAUAGCGAAAAAUUAUUCAGAUAAGUACUUUUCAUUAUUUAGCAUAUCAAUCGUACCCCGUUAUCAAUCCCGUUAUCCCGUUAUUAAUCUGAACAUCUACGCACAUCAGUACACCUCUCUAUAAGACCUGUAAGUGUGAGCGAGACAGACAGAUAAAUAUGAUUUAUGACCUGAAGAAUUAGUUCUUAAUGCGACUACUAUAGAGGUGUAAAGGAAUUAUUUCGCGCGUAAAAGUUUAGAAACAUGACGCCUCGUUUCGCUUCGACUCUGGGCCAAUGUGAGUUGAACCUAAUAGUAUAUGUAUAAAAUAUCUAAAAAGAAUAUUUAAAUGAAAUCUACGUAAUUAGAAAGGUAACUAUGAUCUAGCGCUUUCUCCUUAUAAGGACUAAAUCAGUACGGCACUGUAACUAUACUUUGUCUCUUUCUGUCAUAUUGUGUUGAAAAGAGACAUGAGUACUUUUAGUCCAUAUUUUUAUAAUAUAUAGAGUAAAUGAAAUUAUGGCAUAAUUCUAUAAGAAUUGGGUUUUGUAUAUAUAAAUAAAAGAUAAUUGUUUAAAAUCGGCGUCAUAUAAGCUGUUUUAAGGUAGCUAUCAAUGUCUGGAACAAAUUAUUUGAUCGAACUAUUGGGGGGAGGGUUUUCCAAAUGUGGAUUAUGAGUGAAAUGGAUCAAAUGUUUAUGUUAUUUUAAUAAAUUAUUAUGAAAUAUAUAUUAUGUUAUUUUGAA